CCACGUGUUUGCCAGAGAGGAGGAUGAAAACAUUGGCAAUCUAUAGUUGAAGGAAAGUGCCAGGAGGCAGCUAUCCAGCCUCCUUUUUUCCAAUCGCAGACCUUUUUUCUCUUGUCAAAGGGGGAUCCACCUCCUUCUCCUCUUCUUCCCCUCCUCCUCCUCCUCCUCCUCCUCUUCCUCCUCCUCCCACCCUUUGGAGAAUCCCUUUUUUUCUUCCUAGGCAUCCACCCCCCUCUAUGGACAGCAGCCUCUCUCUGGGAUCUGGCCGUGCGCCUUCGGGAGCGCAAUACCUGCUUCGCCUCCACCUGCAGCCGACCUUGUGGAUCCUCGUUGGAGAUCUACUGGGAUUAGGAGGAGGAGGAAGAAGAGGCAGCGGCGUUGGAGGGGGAUGCCGGACUGCCAGGAAAGCGGGGGGAAAGGGCCCCCCAUCCACACCAAGAUCUCCUUCUCCAUCUUAGACAUCCUGGAUCCCCAGAAGUUCACCAGGAGAAAAAGCAUCCCCGACAAGGAGAAAAGUUGGGGCAGAGUUGGACUCCUGGAAAGCAGCUCGGGAAGGAAGCCCGAAGAGUCCCAAGAUGCCAGUGGCAGAGAGAACGAAGUUGCCCUUGAUGCUUUGGAGCAAGAGGACCAUGACGACCAGGAAAGGAGCCACUUUGCCACCUCAGCAGGGCCUGGAGCCACCUCACUUGACUUCCCUGCUUCUUCCUCGCCAUCCUCGGAUUUGGAGGAGCCCAGUUCUCCUCCUCGACCGUCCUCCUCAUCUCCUUCCUCCUCCUCGUCAUCGUCCAAGCGCCGUAGGGCCGAGUCCAGUUGUGCCAAGCCCCGCCGGGCCCGGACGGCCUUCACCUACGAGCAGCUGGUGGCUUUGGAGAACAAAUUCAGGGCCACGCGGUACCUGUCGGUGUGUGAGCGCCUCAACCUGGCCCUCUCCCUCAGCCUGACCGAAACGCAGGUGAAAAUCUGGUUCCAGAAUCGGAGGACCAAGUGGAAGAAACAGAACCCUGGCCUCGAUGGCGCCGGACAGCCAGGGAGCAACACAGGAGCUGCCGGAGGAGGAAUAAGCAGAGGAGGAGGCAGCCCAGGCCCACCAGGCCCCAGCACCUUGGCCUUCCAGACUUUCCCCUCAUACGCACCCAACAAUGUCCUCUUUCCAGCCGCAGCACCUAUUCCUCUCGGGGCAGGAGGAGGGCCCUUCCCUUCCUUCCUCAGCCCCACAUAUCUGGCCCCUUUCUAUACCCCACACCUAUAAAGGGAACCCCUUCCUCUGUUGUGGAGUGGAGAAGAGUCCAUGUGUGUUCACUCCAGCAAAGGACAGAAAUACAGGAUGAGUAUACCUGGGAUGCGAAGUGUUUUGGAUUUUGGAAUAUUUGCAUUUGUAUGGCGAUGGAGAGGGAGCCAUGCUUUCUCAAGUCAGCAAAGAACAGAAAUACAGACUGAGUAUCCUUUAUCCAAAAUGUUCGGGACCAGAAGGGUUUUGGAUUUUUGGAAAUUCCUGCAUUUGCAUAUACCUUUGUAUAUCUACAUCUUGGAGAUGGAACCUGAGUCUAAACAUUAAAUUCAUCUAUAUUUCAUCUACAGGCAAUUUUAUACAAUAUUUUUUAAUAAUGAUGUGCACAAAACCAAGUUUGUGUACCAUCAAGAAAGCAAAGGUAUCAUUACCUCUGCCACCCACAUGGACAAUUUUGGAGUAUUUUGGAUUUCGGGAUAAAGGAUGCUUAAGCUGUAAUAUACUUGAAGAUCUUCUCUGUCUCUACUCCUCCAUUUGCAUGCCCUCCCAGCAACCAUUGCCCCCAUUUGGUGUGUUUUCAGUCUUCCGUUCAAUGGAAAAAGAGAAUGCGUAAAUUGUGGUAAAAAGACACUCCUAACCUUUUCCCAAAGAAAAAGCUCCACCAAGUCACUCAACUGUGAAACCCCUUUGGAAGCUGAAGGAACAUUAAUGCAAGUAUAUGGAUUUAUCUCCUCCUUUUUACACAAAACAAGCUAUACAGUAUUUUGUAUUUAUAUAACUGAUGCUUAUUGUACACAGAAUGGAAGAAGACACAGACGUUGUGGAUUUAUCAGUCAGCCAAGGCAGAUAAGACUGAUUCUCCUUGUAAUCUUCCCUGUAAUUUCACUCCCUUCAACUGCCUGGAGAUGAUGAACUAACUUAAUAACUUUGCCACUCUUGUUGAAUUUGAUAGUCGAGGGACCAGACUAUUCUAUUGCGAACUGUGCUGCAUGACCCUGCUUUGACCAUUAAAUUCUCUCCCUAGAUGGGAAUAGAGGAUGUGUUUAAUAAUGGCAUAUGCAAAUUGCAGAUUGGAAAUGGAGAUAGUAUUUUAAUAAAAUGUGCAUACCA